AUGAAACGCUAGUUUUUUUUUUUGCAAAUUUUAAAAUAUCCUAAUAAAAGAUAUUAAAUAUUUAAAAAUUAAUAAUAAUUAAUAAAAAUUCAAAUAUUAAUUUUAUAACUAAUUUGUAAUAAGCAAAUAAUAAUUUAAGUUUUUUCCAAAUUUUAUAGCAAGAAGAUGGAUACUACUGAAGCUCCUUAAAUAAUAGAACAUUUAAAUAAAACUUUGACAUUUACUCCUUACGAUGUUAAGUGGAUUCCACAAACCGCUAAGUUUGUUUUAUGUGGUUAACAUCCAAAAGCAACAGGAACAAUUCAAAUCCAUUAGUUAACCAAAAAUGAAUUAUAGGUUACAAGAGAUAUUUAGCAUCCUAAGGGUAUAAAAUGUUCAACUUUCGGAGCAUGCUUGCCUAAUAAAGCAGAUCUUGCAUUUGGUGAUUUUAAUGGUGAAAUGAAUAUAGUUGAUUUAGAAACAGGAAAAAUUUACUACAGUGUAAAAGCUCACAACACAUUAGUUAAUGCUAUCGACGGUAUCGGAGGAUUAGAUAUUGGGUAUGGUGCUCCAGAAAUUGUUACAGCAGGAAGAGAUGGUUGUGUGAGAGUAUGGGAUCCAAGAUAGAAAGCUCCCGUCCUUUCCCUUGAACCUAGUGAUAAAGAGUCUGUUCCAGAUGCUUGGUGUGUAGCAUUUGGUAAUAGUUAUAAUAAUGAAGAAAGAGUAUUAGCUGCUGGAUAUGAUAAUGUAACUUAAAGAAUGGUGUUGUAGGUGUUGAAUUUGAUAGAAAAGAUAUAAUUAUGA